AUGUUGGCCAUGGCCUACAGUGUCGUCGCGAUAGCUAAAAUCGCCUGCGUUCUCAUACUCCUCUUCAGCAUCUGGCUUCUCAACACACAAUGGCUGCUAAUGGUUAACGAAUUCUUGAUGUUCCAGCAAAUAUAUCGUGAAGAGUUUUCUGGACAUGGCAACUUGAUUCUUUAUAUGUGGAAACUUCUGGUGACCUUUUCCCAAUUUCUGCUGCUAUUCGUUCAACUGUUUGGACCUUCCAGCAUAUUUAUGUGCGACAAGUUUGAAGGACCGAGAGGACGAUUCGCUCCCUUAUAUGUACUGCUUUCAUUGUCAAUUGUUCUCAUGGAAAUGUUACUGACAAGUGUUGACUAUUGGGUAUAUUAUUUGUUACACCUCAGCAAUCGAGUGCUCGGCUUUAUGUCGGAAGAGACGGAGGGACUACGACAAGAUUUAAACUGGUUGCCUCAACGAAGUGGCAGCCAUCGAAAUGUUUACCAGCAGCAACUCUAUGCUGCCUGGCAUAAACUCUGGCGUCGCUGUUUGCGACUGGAUAGAUUAAUCCACUUUAUGCUAAAGAUCAGCCAGUGGCACAUACUUCUUAACUUAUUUGCCUGCUAUUUAACCGAUAUUACCAUAAUAUUUAACAUUAUCAUUUAUUCAACUGAAUCCGAUAAUUUUCAUUUAAUCCGUUUAAUGGUCUGUUGUUUGCUGGGCAUACUAUUUCACUCCGAUAUUAUGUGCUACUUUGCCGUCUUUGCAAUAAAUCGUUCACAGUGGAAAAAUCUCUUGGCGAACAUGGAAGAGCUCUGGUUCACUCUUGGUGACCUUAACUUCAAUCCGAACAGAUUCUUACGGCAUUGCAAUGCAGCGUCAGGCAGCAUCGACGACAGGAUCGAGUGCGACGUCUUUAAAUUGCGGGACUAUUUGAUAUGGACACAAGAACCGCAUACAGAAUGA